AUGGAUGAUGAAAUAUACAUAAAAUAGCCUUUGAAUGAUGAAUAGAAUGAUCAAUCAGAAAAGUUUAAGAAAAUAUUUUUAUUUUAUUAGAUAAUCCUAAUUUGUAUAAAAUGAUGAAUCAAUAGAACAUUUAGUAAAUUCCUUAAUCUAAAAUUAAUAACCUAAUGAGGAUGAUUAACUUAAGUAAUAAAUUGUUAAAAAGAGGAUUAAUGAUUAAAGGUAAUUCAUGAANUUAGUUAAGUAUGCAAAUUAAGCAAUUAUAAAAAUUUUCUAAUUCCAUCUGACGCUUACUUGCUGUAUGAAUUGUAAUAAUAAAUUGAGCAAAAUGCUUUUAUUGUUGUUGAGUAGCAUUAAAAGCAAAUGUCAAAUAAUUUGA